AUGUCUUCGUCAUCUGAAUUGAGCAGCGUUUAUACGCCUACAAUGCUCCUCUCGCCAACUCAAUCCCCGACGCGAUCCCCGACGCCUGCCGUGUCCGAGGAUCCACUUCGGCGGUCCGCUUCGGAGCCACCUUUGGGACCCAUCACGCCGGCCGCAAGCCAACAAUCACUGGAAGCAACGGAACGCCAAACAAAGGGACGUUUAUCACUUUCAAGAAGUGAAUCUAUAGACGAUGCCAUCGAACAAGUCCCUUUCAACAUCGCCCAAAUGGUAGUCAACAUGCAAGAAUACUACACUUCCGAACUCGCAGCCGAAAGACAAAGAACCGACGAUCUCACCCGUCAAAUUGAGGAUAUGUUACGAAAGAUGGAGGAAAUGGAUAAGAGGUUACAAAUGCAUGUUGUUUUGAUGGACGGGUUUGUCGGGGUUAUGAGGGAGGUUAAGCAAGAGCAGGCUGAGUUGGCUAUUGCGAGAGAAUUUGGUGGUGUUCACUUGCAUGAAGUCAAAGAGCUUGCAAACAGUCCUGUGGGCGUUCAACCAACCCUUAAACCGACGCCGUCGUCUUCAAAUGAUGAUGGGACUGAGGUAAGCGAUGAACAAAGAAUCGUCCGGUUUGAAGAAGAUGAGAUAAGACCUAUCGUGGAAGAGCUUUUUGAUCAAUUACCGCCUACGCCAAUCAUAGAUGAGCCACCCAGGAUGAGCACUGGACGACGAGCGCCAAAGAGGAAGAACCCUCCUCUUAGACUGGACCGGCAGGUUAAGAGAAGAACGAGAGCGGAUGUGAGGAGUGUUAGGUUGAGGGGCAGGACAUGGACACCUAUUAAUAACGAGUAUGAGUCGGAGAGAGGCGAAGAUGAUCAAGAUUAUACUCCGGAUGCUGAAGAGGAAGACGAUGAACCAGUGAGAGUACCACGUACAUCACCAUCACCUUCUCCAUCCCCAUCAGAAUCCGAUACCGAAAAGCCCCGCUACUCGGUCUCCCGCUCCGUCGCCCCCCGCCACGCAAACGGUCCACCCGGCAAACCCUUCAAAUACCACCGCAUGCCCAAGACAGUCGCAGCAGUAUGGCAAGAGUGGAAGAUCGGCAGUCACGGCAAUCCUGCCAUCGAAGAGCUUGAGACAAAGUAUAACACGACCUGGCGGAUGGGCACGUUGAAGGAGCGCAAGUAUGCUAGUAACUAUGUCGGUGUGCGACAGAAGAUUGUUAGGAAGGUGGAGGAGAUGUGUGAGGAGUUGGAGAUUGGAGUUGCAGAGGCGUGUGAGAUGUUGGAUAAGUGUGUUGAUGGACGGAUGCAGCUUUUGAUGACAGCUUUGAGGAAGGGGGAGGAUCCGCUUGUUGUUAUACCGAGGAGAUGA